AUGAAACCACAAAGAGCUCCGGGCUGUGACCUCCGGCUACUUUUAUCUCCCUCGUUCAGGGAGCCUCGGCCCAUCAGAAAUCCCGAACUCAACGAAGUUCAUGUAGCAGCAGCAGCAGCCUGGCUCUACCUGGACACUGAUGACAUCAUGUCAUCUCUGCUCUCUGAUUGGCUGAUCAGAGUGUUCUCUCCAGGUCUUCAUGAGGACCUUGCUAUCGCCGGCUGUUCAGACUCUGAUGGAGAGCAGAUGUAUGGUCUGGAUGGAGAAGAGCUCUGGGUCGCAGACUUCAUCAACCAGAGAGGAGUGGAGCCUCAGCCCAGUUUCAUAGAUCAUAUUACCUACCAAGAAGGAUGUUAUGAACAAGCUGUGGCUCAACAACAGAUCUGCAGAGGGAACCUGAAAACUGGACUUGAAGCCUUGAAGGACAUCCCCCUGGAGAAUGAUCCCCCAUCCAGUCCGAUGGUGUACACCAAAGACUCCGUGGAGCUCGGAGAGAAGAACACCCUCAUCUGUUAUGUGACUGGUUUCUAUCCUGCUCCUGUCAUCUUCUCCUGGACAAAGAACGGAGAGAACAUCACCGAAGGAAGCAGCACCAACGUUCCCUACCCCAACAAAGAUGGUUCCUUCAACCAGUUCUCCAGACUGGAGUUCAUCCCACAGCUGGGAGACAUCUACAGCUGUACAGUCCACCAUCUGGCCCUGGACCACCCACUGACCAGAAUCUGGGAUGUGGAGAAGACUCAGCCCGGUAUUGGGCCAGCAGUUUUCUGUGGACUGGGUCUCACUGUCGGUCUGCUCGGUGUGGCUGCUGGAACCUUCUUCCUCAUCAAAGGAAACGAGUGCAGCUGAUUGGUCGGGACUGAUGAUGAUGUCAUUAGGGUUUAUGUAACGUAGAUGUGGUAC